GCGUAGGAAAUAGUUAAAAGUGAAAGAUUCGUCCCCGAGUCUUCACAUUCUCUCCCGCCAUUCAAUGAGGCGCGCUGCUACUCCUCCUCCUCCGCUCCAUCAACUGUCCGCCGCCGUCUCCACCGCUGACACAUCUGCUGCCAUGUCUUCUCGUCCUCCUUACCGACGUGGCCGGUCCGGACGCGGCAGAGGAUUCUCGUCGGAACGGCCAUAUUCUGGCGGUAGAGGUCAAUUCGUCACCGGUGAUUCUCAUUUCCAGUCUGUUCGGGAGUCCAACCUAGGGUUCCGUCAAGGAGAGAGAGGAGGCUUUGUGAACAAUGCGGGAUCGUAUGCUGCACCUCAGAAUCCUAGACCUCCGUCUUUUGGUGGAAAUCACCAAUUCCGACAGGCUCCAGCUCACACUCAAAGGCACCAGUAUCGGGGACCUUAUCCUCACACUUACAACCAGCAGCCACCGCCUUUUAAUCAAAAUCAAGGUGUUCGUACGCCGCAGCAAUUUCGACCUCGACCUCCGAAGCCGUCAGAUUUCCGCCAUUGGGAUUAUGCAAGGACACCUCCUCCAGCUACUUGCGAGAGGUUUACAAUUCUUUCAUACAACAUCUUAGCGGAUUACCUUGCCAUGGACCACAAGCAAAAGCUCUACCAUCAUAUUCCCCAUUACAUGUUGGAUUGGGAGUGGAGGAAAAAUAAUAUAUUGUUUGAGCUUGGAAUAUGGUCUACUGACAUAAUGUGCUUUCAGGAGGUUGAUAGAUUCCCUGACUUAGAGGAAGCAUUGAAACUUCGUGGGUUCAGUGGAAUUUGGAAGAUGCGUACUGGAACUCCAGUUGAUGGUUGUGCAAUCUUUUGGCGAGUAUCAAGGUUCAAGCUUCUUCACGAGGAGUAUAUUGAGUUCAAUAAACUUGGACUUCGGGACAAUGUUGCCCAGAUAUGUGUUCUUGAGCAGAGUCAGGAUAAUGCUGACAAUUCAGUUACUCCACCAGUUAGCGUAUCAAAUCUCAAUAAAGUUGUAAUAUGUAAUAUACAUGUCCUGUACAACCCUAAAAGAGGAGAAAUCAAGCUUGGCCAGGUCAGGGUUCUCUUGGAGAAGGCCGAUUCCAUUUCAAAACUCUGGAACAAUGCUCCAAUUGUUCUCUGCGGGGAUUUUAACUGUACACCAAAGAGUGCAUUAUAUAACUUCAUUACGGAACAAAAGUUGGAUUUGUCUGGAUUGGACAGAGACAAGGUUUCAGGUCAAGCUUCUGCUGAGAUUCAUCAACCUUCACCACUCUAUCAUAAUCCUCGGCUUCAGACUGUCAAUGUUUCAGUUCCUCUCCAAUUGAGGUCAGAAUCUAGAGAUAUUGAAAGGAAGCCAGAUAGUUCAGUAUCUGACACACAGAAACAAGAUCUUCCACAUCUUCCACCGGUGAACCUCUCUUUGCCCUCUGGUAGUAAUUGCAGUGUCUUUGAUGCAUCUGAUAAUUCUUGUAACGAUCCCCAACUUGGAAUGAAGGGUAUUACUCUUCAUUCUGAAGGGAAAAAGGAAAGUCAGAAUAGUACUUCUUUUGACCACAAAAAUGUAGCUGGCUGCGAAAAGAUAGACAGCUUCAACGAAAGUUCAAUCACAUGUCCUAAAGAUGAGUUUACUGUUGAUCAUACCAGUGAAAAAGUCGGCGACUUAGACUCUUCUUUAGGAACUGACCUUGAAGAACUUCAUCUGAAUGUAACUGAGAAACAACAGAUGGAGAAUGUUCAUACCUCUCGUUUUAACCAUAAAUCUUCUACGGAUGGUUUUGAUAUGGACCACAAUUUUCACAAGGAAAGAAAAAACAGUGUCGAUAAUAUUAUCUUAGAUGAUGCACAACUUGAUUCACCGACAAAUUUAUUGGACACAAAGAAUGCUCCUCUUACAUCUACUCGCCAAAACUCCAUGGCUGACAGUGCUAGAAAUAGUGAAGCUGGCCCAUCAUUGUCUUCGCUCAGUAUUCACUCAGCAGCAGUGGAUGAGAGACCUAAGGUUUUAGUCGCAGAUGAGCAGGAUGUAGCCACGUUAGAUGGAGGCUUAACUGAGGAUGAUCGUACGUUUCUCUCAGCUCUGCAUGAUGUUGACGAUCCCUUUUCUUCCGAGAUUCAUCAAUCCAUUGGCCAUUCACACACUGGAGUUGAAGAUGCUUUGUUACCAGGCUUGAAUACUAAGCCUUUUGAGGUUGAAAAUAUUAUUUAUGAUCGCUCAUCAUGGACUCCCAUGGAAAUAGAAACUGCAACUGGCAAUGCAGACUGUCCCUUAAUCGAACACCCUCUAAAGCUUAGAAGCACAUAUACAGAAGUUGAGGACUUUUCCGGGACCAGAGACUUGAAUGGCGAACCCCUGGCGACUAGUUACAAUAGGUGUUUUCUGGGCACUGUUGACUAUAUAUGGCGUUCAGAAGGUCUCCAGACGGUUAGGGUGCUUGCCCCUAUAAAGAAACAAGUCAUGCAGCAGUUGACUCCUGGAUUUCCUACAAAGAAAUGGGGCAGUGAUCACAUUGCCUUAGCUACUGAAUUGGCGUUUACAAGGAGUCAUGAAGUGUGAUAAUAUGAGUCUUAUAAGCUAAUAAUAGUAAUUGAAUAAUUCCCCUUGCAAUUGGAGGGUUCUUUAUUCAUGGAACUGAACUGGUUUCAAGGGCAGCGGCCUGCAGGUACAAGUGUUAAUUUGAGAGGACGGUCAGCAUUUUUCUAAUACUUUUUUUUUUUUAUAUUUAUUUUAAAGAUUUUGUUCGUGGAUGAUGCCUAGUUUCAGGUUACUUAAGAGCUGAUGAUGUCUAUAACUUUCAAAAGAAAAGCUAAUGUCUUUAUUCCCUUAGUUAUUUGGUUUGGAUGAGCUGUGCCAAUGUUUCCUUACACAUUUAUCUUCAAGUAAUGCUAUUCAUCGUUAUUUCU